CAACAGCAGGGCCGCCGCGGCCUACCUCGUUUUGCGCGACGGGCUUUUCCUGCCCGGUGGCCCCACGGAGGGAAAACGGGCGGCCCGCUGCAGCUCAGGAGCCCCGACGCGACGCCUGUUUGGUGCAACACAAUGAGGGCCCCCUCCUCCCCUUAGGCCCCCCCCCCCCCACGAAGGGAUGCAUCGGACCAAGAAAGCCGAAAGCGCCAGAAAAGCAGCAACUGGCAACGUGGGGCAGAGAUCGUCUACAGGCCGUGGAAAGAGAGAGCAAAGCGAGAGCCAGGAGAGGAAGACCUGCUCGGCUCCUUCGGCGUCUCAGACUUUGGCCCUGAAGCCGCAGCCACGGCCGAGUGACCGCCUUAACCCCAAAACCAUUGACCCGUUCAAUAUUCAAUCAAGAGUACCUUCCGCCUUUGCAGCCAUUUAUUCUAAAGGGGGCAUCCCUUGCAGAUUAGUCCAUGGCUCCAUAAGGCACACAUUGCAAUGGGACAGUCAUCCUGCAACACUUCAGUUUGACCCUCUUCUUAUUAAUUUAGCAGAGGGGCUGAAAGAAACGAGGCACCCCUACACAUUCAUCUCCCAGGAGGGCUUCAAAGAGCUGCUCUCAGCCGAAGGCGCUGCCCAGAAAACCCUCCCGUUGCUUCCUCGGCUCGUUCCGGUGUUAAAAAGUGCUCUGGCCCAUUCAGAUGAUGAAGUGUUUAGAAGAGGGCUGAACGCUUUGGUACAGCUGAGUGCUGUGGUUGGCUUUUGGCUCAACGGUCAUCUGAAGCAUCUACUUUCCAGUGAAAGCCUGACCAUUAUAAAGGCAAAGAUUCCGACUUAUUCUUCGAUUUCUUCCUAAAGACGGCGAUGAAGAGGCAACUCUGUUGGCGUUACUUAUUUUUUCUAGAGUGUCUUGUUCUGUGAUCUUUCAGGGAAAGCAGCGAUUAAUAUUUAAAAUUAAGACGAGUAUCAAGAAUAAAAGUGUCCUGGAUGCUUAAUUAUGAAAAAUGCUUAGGCAUGGCACCAUCUGUGUUUUAGGCCCUCUUCUGGGGGCUGAAGGGUUUGCUGGUUUGUUAAAAUUAUUAUGAAACUAAUUUAUUUUUUUAAAAAAAUAUAUGCACCUUUUACUUGCUAGGCUUAACCCUCACCUAAAACCUAUGUGCAUCUUGACGUUUUACUAAAUUUAGAUGCUGCUGCACAAGGGCACUAAAGACCUUUCCCAGUUCUGGCUAAGGAGGUCCUGAAGUUUCCCCUCUUAAAAAGGACUUUGAAAUAGCUAAAACUGGAAGGGAUUAUUUCUCAGUGUUUUUGUUGAUAAGAUCAUUUUAGUUUGAUAGUGUUCUUAUAGGAAGAUCUCUUGUGUGAGUUCUAGAUUGGAAAACCUACAUAAUUUGUUCUUUUGGGACGGAGGUCUUUUCUCCAGUAUCACUAUGCUCAGAAUACUUUAUGUUUCCAUCAAACACAGAGAUUUUCAUGAGUAUUAAAUAAAAACAGUUUAAUUGCACCACAAUCCCCAAGUAUUAAACUUUAUAUAACAAAUACACAGGUGCGGACUUCCCAUGAGUACGCUUAAAAAAAACACACACCAUGCCUUCCGUGUCUUCAUUUUUAUUACAAAAUGUGCACAUUUAAUUCUUGUUAACAUUCUACAACAGGGUUUAGAUGUACAUGUAUUGUACUACUCAUAUUCCUACAGUGGCAGUAAUAAGAGCAGCUUGACUCUCUAAGCCAUCUUGCACCAGAUUAGAUGCCAUUUUUAAAAAUAGAAAGAAAAAGAAAAACUACAACGGUUUGCAGCAUUUUUGUACAUCUAUAAGCUUUUUGGAACUUCAGUGCAAAAUUUCACAAUUAAUGCUGGCAUAUGUCUUCUAUCGGUACUUAAAAGCAUCUAGCCAGACAGUAAUUUAAUAUUAUUUUGACUAUCAUGAGAAGUAGGAGUGCUUUUUGUUUGUUUGUUUG